UAUUCAGUUUUUUGAGUUAUACUUCAUAUAAAAACAUUUUUUAUAAGAAAAAUCGAAACGUAACGGUUGAAAAAGUUUAUACAGAUUUGAACGAUCCCAGCGUUCACAUUUACAUGUCUUCAAAUUCAAAUUUUGGUUUUAAAAACAAACAGUUUUUUUCCUAAUUAAGUGCAAGUAAAUUAAGACGGAAUAUUGUUCCACUUAUUAGCAGUUUUGGGAGUGAUAUCAUGUUUCAUAAUAGUUUUAUCAAUAUUUAGAAGUUCUUCAUCUGUUAAUUAAAUGUUUUUUCGUACUCAAUUUUAAAAAUGAAGGAGUUUUUAAUUUCAAUUAGUAGUUCCCUUGUCUUUCAUUCAUUAAAACAUAUAUAAAAUUAAUUAAUAUACGUUAGUUCUUUUCACUUUUAAAUUCAUUCAUUUGAAUAUGAAUGACAAAGAGCCAUACAGAGCCACCAAACUGUGGAAUGAAGUUAUUGCAGCUUUUAAAGCUGGGAUGCCAUUAAAGAGACAUCGUAGACGCAUGCAAAGCUAUGUGGAUUGUUUCACAGCUUCUGAGGCAGUAACAUGGCUUCAUUGUUUUCUACUGAAUAAUCCUAAUUUCGGACCAAAUGUUACAAGAACACAAACUAUCAAUUUGUUGCAAAAGUUUUUAAAGUGCCAUGUAAUUGAAAGUGCCAUAAUGAAAUCAAAGAAAAAAGAAUUCCUUGACGAUUCUCACAUCUACAAGUUCAACCCUGUUUCAUUAAAUCAAUCCAGACCCUCAGCAUUGUGCCUAAUCCAAUCUCCAACUGGUUGCAAAGUGAAAUCUAAAAAAAAUGAACUUGCCGAAAUUCAGAAUCUUCCAAAGUCUGUUCAGAUUCAGAAAAAAAAUAUCCCGGAAUGUCAUUUAGUCGAGAGAAAAAUAUCUCCAAAUGAGAUUAAAGCAAUAUGGGAAAAAAUAACUCUAUCGAGAUUGGAAAGUCUUUUGCCUCAUGUUUCUUGUAGUGAACUUCUACAAAACAAACUCAUUGACGGUCAUUUGCUCAAGCAUAAUGCAUCACGUCUUAGCAAGACUGGUGUUGUCGUCCUAGUCGAUAAAACAGAUGACAUCCCACACUGGGUAAUUUCUGCCAUGAAGUGUUUAGCAAAUUGGCCAAAUGCUAGUGGUAGUGGGAGCUGCCUGCCCAAUUAUCCAGGAUUUGAAAAAGACGUUUUUAAAGUCGUGAGGGAUUUCUUUAUAAAUCCUAGAAUGCCUUUGCUGCCAGACUUUCUUUCAUCUCUUCUAAUUCAAGUGUUCUGUCAUUUUGUUCCAAGAGAGUUUUACGAUUAUGGUGACAGCAUCAGGAGCUCGUCUCGAGUUUUUGACUUGAGUCAUAAUUUGAAAACUUCUCAAACAUCUUCUUCCCAAGUUAAAACAUCAACACCAUUAAGUAACGAUUCUAUGUACAAGAGUCAUCAUUUAGAUGAAAUAAAAGCAGCAAGAUUACUCGGUGACCCCAAUGCCACAAGUCACUCGAAAAACCCGGAGAGUCCGAGUGACGGAAAACUACUUCUUGAUGAUCCAACGGUCAUGUGGGAGUAUCCAAGUGAAGUCUAUUUUGAGACUGAUUUUGCCACAACUCAACCAAUCACGCGGGUUAUUUCUAAUCAAUGCUCCCCUCGUAGCAGAAGCAGCUCCUUUGAAAAUCCUAUGGGUAGUAUUGAAUCUGUUAGCACCAUUAGUGUGUGCAGUCAGAAACCAUAUGUGCCAAGUGACAGUAAAUUAAAUUCCAGAUCACCUUUGAAAGCAUGGAGCUCAAAUAUGUAUCUUCAAGAUGAGGUUAAAGACACGCCACAAUGGAUGAGAACUGCAUCCGCAUUUUCAAGGCUUAGCGUUGCUGAGUGCACUCCAUUGCAACGGGAGAAAAUUGCUGAAUCUCUAAACUGUUCUGUAUCCCAGUAUCCUUCUGAGCCUGUUUAUAUGUGUGAAAUAAAUGAUCUGAACACUUCAGACUUAAGUUCUAAAACUAUAACUGAAAGUUCUGAAAACAUUGAGUAUCAAGAGGCAACAUCUUCUCGGUCUUCCACUGCCAUUUCAUCAAGAGAUUUUUCUAGUCCCACAAAUCAAAUCAGAAUUGAGUGCAAUAGUUUUGUUGAAAAAUAUGGAAAAACAUUCAUUGAAGAUAAUAUUUAUUCUGAUGAUUUGAAAUCUUCCUUUCAACUGAUUCUCCUAUUUUUACCAAGUGCUAACAGAAGGCAACUUCAUCUACUUUUGAGACUCAUCAAUAAAAUUUUAAAAAAUGGCCAGUUUGUUGUGGGAAGUAAUGUAAAUAUGCGAGAAUAUCUAAUUGAAACAUUUUUACCUGCCAUUGUGCAAUCUGAUGACGUACCCGUUCUUUGUCUUUAUCAAAUGGUUGCAUUUCUUUUAGACUAUUGUGAAAUUGUAUUUCAACCUCCUCCUGGUUUAAAGGAAGAAGCCAUUGAAAUUUGCAAGCAAUCUUCGAUAAGGUUUUCAAUGGAUGAUACCUGUUUUCUUACUUAUUGUGAAAUGGUUUCCAAACAGCAGUAUGAAGAACAAAAAAAGACUACAUCAAUGGCUGCUCUCAGGGAUCUCUUGAAUAAUAUCAUGAGUGAUGGAAAAUUAUCAGAGAGAGAGAGAAAAAGAAAACUUAAGCAAUUUAAAAACAGCCAUCCUGAUAUCUACAUGCUUCAGUUUCCAGAACGAGUUGAACACACUGCUAAACAAAAAAGUUCUUUUUUCAACAAGCUUGUCAAUUUAAGAAUGUAGGAAAAAUGAACUUUUCCAUGCAAAGAUUUUACUUAGAAAUUUGGAAAAUAUUUUUUUGUUUUAUUUUUUCUCCUUAAUGUGAGAUCCAAUAUAUUUGGCAUGAUAUGAUGAUUGCUAAAAUUUUGUCAGAAAUUUUAUCAAGAAAAAAGAAGAGCUAUAUUUUCUUAUUGUAAAGUGUUUAUAAUAUAAUAUUUUUAUAAACUUUAGUAAUUAGUGUAACGAAAGUGUUCUACUGAUAUUGCUUCAAUAUGUUUGCUUUGUGAAUGUUUUUUUUUUAAAUAAAUUUGUAUUUUACUAUCAGUAAAGUUAAAUUAAAUUUAUUUACUGAUCUGUAAUUUAUUAUAUAUUUACUAUCUUUAAUUAAUUUAUGUAUCUCAUCUUUAUUUUUUCUUGUCAAGUUCUUAGAAUAAUAUAUUUACAUAAACUUUUGCAAUAAAUAUAAUUAAAUUAUCCAUAUUCAAUAGAUGCAUUUUUAUAUGCUAAUUGUUUUGUGAACGUAUUUAUAUUGGGAAUAUCUUUUUAAUUCAAAUUUGUAUUAUAUUUUAUGUAAAGUAAAAUUUAUUUGCAAACAAGUAAUUUAUAUUAAUAUGUUUAAAAGUAAAAAAAAAAAAAAUCACAUAAGAAGUGAAUCGAAUUUAUGUAUCACAAUGUGCUCUAAAUUAGUCAAAGUUUUACUAAAAUCAUUUUUUUAAGCUGAAUUAAAUGUAUUACGUAAAAGUUAAAUGUUUUUUUUGUUGUUGUUGUUGUUGAGAAGAUAGCAAGAUAUUGGAUAUUAAAAAUGAUUAAAUAUUAAAGUCGAUUAUUUAUUAAAGACUGUUUUUUAUUCUUUCUUUUAUCUCUAUCAAUGAAGUGCUUUUUUGUCUUGUAAUGAUAAAUCAAUUAUUUGCCUUAUACAUUUCGCUAUUAACUGGUGGUGUUCAUUUAUUUAUUUUUAUUAAGAGAACAAAUGUAAUGUAUGAUAUUUUUUUACCCCUGAAAUAAAUUUGGAGUAUUUUUGUGAAGUUACCAGAGUUUUUUAUUAUUAUUUACAAUUUGUGUUUAUAAUCAAACUUUUCUUUUUGUUUUGAGAAUUAUUGCCAUAUUAUAAAAUUUAUUAAUUUACAACAAAAAAUGUAACUUUUUUGUAAAUUUGUGUUUUUUUAUAAAUUGUAAAUAGUUAAUAAAACUUGAAAGAAAUUUGUAUUACAUUACUGGGGUCCACAGUCGUUUAUUUUUGGAGGAAUAUAUUUUUUACUUUACCUUAUUUUCACAAAAGACUAUUUAUAUGAUACUGCAUGAUAUAAUUUUUUUUCCAUGCAAUUUUUAGAGUUUAAUUAAAGAAUAUUUAUUACCUGA